AUGGACGUAGACGUGGACGUGGACCUGGACGUGGACGUGGACAUGGACAUGGACGUGGACGUGGACGUGGAGAACUUGGACGUGGAGGAUUUGGAUGACUUGGACGUGGACAUGGACGUGGACAUGGACGUGGACUUGGACGUGGACAUGGACUUGGACAUGGACGUGGACAUGGACGUGGACAUGGACUUGGACAUGGACGUGGGCAUGGACGUGGACGUGGACUUGGACGUGGACGUGGACGUGGACGUGGACAUGGACGUGGACAUGGACGUGGACGUGGACAUGGACGUGGACAUGGACGUGGACAUGGACGUGGACGUGGACGUGGAUGUGGACGUGGACGUGGACGUGGACAUGGACGUGGACAUGGACGUGGACGUGGACGUGGACGUAGACGUGGACGUGGACGUGGACAUGGACGUAGACAUGGACGUGUACGUGGACGUGGACGUGGACGUGGACAUGGACGUGGACGUGGACGUGGACGUGGACGUCGACAUAGUCGUGGACGUGGACGUGGACGUGGACGUGGACAUUGUCGUGGUCGUGGACGUGGACGUGGACGUGGACGUGAACGUGGUCGUGGACGUGGACGUGGACGUGGACGUGGACGUGGACGUUGACGUGGACACGGACAUGGACAUGGACGUGGACGUGGACGUGGACGUGGACGUUGACGUGGACAUGGACGUGGACGUGGACGCGGACGUGAACGUGGUUGUGGACAUGGACGUGGACGUGGACGUGGACAUGGACGUAGACGUGGACGUUGACGUGGUCGUUGACUUGGACGUGGAGGUGGACGUGGACGUGGACGUGGUCGUGGACAUGGACGUGGACGUGGACGUGGACGUGGACAUGGACGUGGAUAUGGACGUGGACGUGGACGUGGACGUGGUCGUGGACGUGGUCGUGGACGUGGACGUGGUCGUGGACGUGGACGUGGACGUGGUCGUGGACGUGGACGUGGACGUGGACGUGGACGUGGUCGUGGACGUGGUCAUGGACGUGGAGGACUUGGACGUGGAGGACUUGGACGUGGACGUGCACGUGGACGUGGACGUGGACGUGGUCAUGGACGUGGUCGUGGACGUGGAGGACUUGGACGUGGAGGACUUGGACGUGGACGUGGACAUGGACGUGGACGUGGACGUGGACGUGGUUGUGGACGUGGUCGUGGACGUGGACGUGGUCGUGGACGUGGUCGUGGACGUGGACGUGGUCGUGGACGUGGUCGUGGACGUGGACGUGGUCGUGGACGUGGAGGACUUGGACGUGGAGGACUUGGACGUGGACUGA